CAAAUUUGAAUUUUCAUAUGCUGACUCAACAAUCACAAUCUAAAAACUCAUAGACUCAACAACCACAAAUGUACAAAGUGCAUAUCCACCAUGAAAUUUUACUAGAAAACUUUGACUUAUUAGAAGAUUAUUUUAUUUCCUUUUAAAAGUGGAGAAUCAUGGGUUCUCAUUCCUCAACAUGCACUUAAUUUAGAAAAUCAAGAUACACUACCUUAAUUUCAAAAUUAUAUCUAUUCAGUUCAGUUCAACUCUAAUAAGUUCAGUUUAGCUCAGCUCCUAAUUUCAUUUCAUCAUAAAAUAUUCAGUUCAGUUUAAUUUAGUUAAAUUCACUUCAGUCAGUAGACCCUUAAUUAAGUUCAAUUUCAACUUAAACCCAAAAAAACAAAAAAAAAAAAAAAAAAAAAAAAAUCAAUUUCAAGUUGUUGCCCUCGACCUCGUAGGGUGUUACACUAAAACGCCCAUUUCCCUUCCCGCGUUUGCAACUGUACAGUUACCAAAAAAAAGUUAGUGUGAGAAGAAGAAGAAACCCAGAAGCUGAAGAACCCAGCUACCAUAGCAGAGUAGGAGAGAGAAACUAAACAUGUGUGGAAGAUGCCGCUGCUCUAUCCGCCCAGACGACGUCCCUAGAGCUUGCCAUCUUCGUGAUACUUCCGUUCGUCAAGUUGAUGUCGACCGGUACCGGCCUGCAUAUAAUGUCUCACCCGGAUCUUACCUGCCAGUAAUUCGUCGUGAAAGUGGUGGAGAUGAGGGCUACACUGCAGCUGUACAUUGUAUGAAGUGGGGGCUAAUUCCUAGCUUCACCAAGAAGGAUGAGAAACCUGAUCACUACAAGAUGUUUAAUGCAAGGUCUGAACCAAUUGGGGAAAAGGCCUCAUUCCGUCGACUAAUUCCUAAAAACCGGUGCCUUGUUGCUGUGGAAGGGUUUUAUGAAUGGAAGAAAGGUCCUAAGAAGCAGCCGUAUUACAUUCAUUUUAAGGAUGGUCGCCCUCUAGUGUUUGCUGCCCUCUAUGAUUCCUGGAAAAAUUCUGAAGGAGAAAUUCUCUAUACAUUUACCAUCGUAACAACUGAUUCAUCAUCAGAUCUUAAGUGGCUGCAUGAUAGGAUGCCUGUUAUUCUGGGAGACGAAGCCUCAACAGAUUUGUGGCUGAAUGGUUCUACAGAUACCAAGUUCAAUUCAGUGCUUAAACCAUAUGAAAAAGCAGAUUUGACUUGGUAUCCGGUGUCAAUGGCAAUGAACAAGGCAUCAUUUGAUGGUCCUGAAUGCAUCAAAGAGAUACCAUUGAAAUCUGAGGAGCAGUCCAACCCUAUCACGAAAUUUUUCUCCAAGAAAGGAACAGAUGAUGCUAAGGAAUCAAAUAAGACGAUUAAGGAGUCUAUGAAGAAUGAUGUGCAGGGUGAUGUUAAAGAAGAAGCUGAGGCACAAGCAAAUUUGCAACCGUCAUGCUGUGGAAGGACAGUUACUGAGAUAAAGUCUGAUGUUACCACUCUGACUCCUGAAUCUGACUCCAAGAUUGAGGUGAAACGGGAUUAUGAAAAGUUCCUGGUUGAUUCCAAGCCGAGCACUGAUGAACUUGGUAAGCUACCCCAGACUCCCUUGAAGAAGAGUAAAGUUAAGGGUGGAGCUGAAAAACAGGCCACGCUGCGCUCAUACUUUACUAAAAGCUAGUAGUUCUCUGCUUUUGUAGGUUUGCUUGUUAGUUGUAACUUGUUGCAUAUGUACAUAUUGUACUGGUUGCUUGUAGAGUUGUAGGAGUCCAAGAUCUCAUGCUCGAUGGUUUCAUAUUACAUCUUCACACAUCCACCCCUUGUUGAAGUUUAAGGAUAUGUCUUGUGUGAGUCACUGUCUCUUUGCUUUUUUGGAACCUUGUUUGAUGGUGGAAUUUUAAUGGAUGAAAGGAUGAGUUUUCUUUU